AUGGAGGACAGCUUUUCCCCAGAGGAGAUCAGGUCUGGGCAAAGGCAUUUUCAGCUGUCUAAGACCAGCAUGCGGAGCGAGGAGAAGAGACUGAGGACUUUCCGGCAGUGGCCAGAAAGCUCACCUGUCUCUGCCACAGACCUGGCUAAGGCUGGCUUUUUCUUCCUGGGUCCUGGCGACCGAGUGCAGUGCUUCUGCUGUGGUGGUAUCUUGAGGAGCUGGGAGGCUGAGGAUCAACCCAUGCGAGAGCACCAAAAAUUUUUUCCUACCUGUAAGUUCAUCUGUGGUGAAAAUGUUGGCAACCAGCAGAUGCUCCCCUUUCUGGAGAUCUUGGACUAUGUGGAUGGUCAGAUUCUCAGCCUCCUACAGAGGAUGGAUGUGGAAGAAGCAGCCCUGCCCAGUCAACCAGAAUACCCGGAGAUGGAAACAGAGGCGAUGCGACUAGCCACUUUCCAGAGCUGGCCACCGUACACAGAGCUGUAUCCUGAGCAACUGGCCAGAGCAGGGUUCUUCUAUACAGGUCAAGGUGACACUGUGAGGUGUUUUUACUGUGAUGGCAGCUUAAGGAACUGGGAGCUUGGAGAUGACCCCUGGAGGGAACAUGCCAAAUGGUUUCCAAGGUGUGAGUUUUUGCUGCAGUCAAGGGGCAGAGACUUUGUUAGCAGUGUUCAGGACUCUGACUUCAACGCUCCAGGAGGCUCCUGGCAACGGGCUGAACAAGAUCCCCCUGUACCCCAAGAUUCUAUGGGGAAUCGGGAAUUGUCAUCUCCUCCUCUGGAUCAGUCUUCCAUAGUGCAGAAUGUCCUGCAGAUGGGCUUUGACCACAGCUUGGUGAUGAGCUUGGUCCAGAGUAGACACCUGCUGACUGGCACCUGCUACUUAUCUGUGUCGGAACUGGUCUUGGAUCUGCUUCAGGUAGAUGGGGAAGAGAGCAGCAGUGCAGAAGAAAGAGAGUGUACGGAGAGAGAGACAGGUAUGCCAGGACAGAGACGAGAGACACAGGCUGAGUGCUCAAAAGAAUCAGCAGAGCCUCCACUGAGUACGGAGGAGCAGCUGCGACGGCUGCAGGAGGAGAGGAUGUGCAAAGUGUGCAUGGACAAAGAUGUGUCCAUUGUAUUCGUUCCUUGUGGCCACUUGGUGGUGUGUGCAGAAUGUGCCCCCAGCCUGAGACGAUGCCCCAUUUGCAGAGCGGUCAUCAGGGGAAGUGUGAGGACUUUCAUGUCCUGAACCAUGGGAAUCUCCAGUCUCUGACUUCCACUGAUGGCAGCCCCUUUUCCAACACAGAAG